UCAGGACUGAGGAGGAAAAAGAGACGCGGGAAAAACAGGAGAGAAAAAAUUAUGGAGGAGCCGGUGACUGUGCUCAGGAACUGGGUAUUGAAGAUGGGUCGUCCCACCCGGGAUCUGCCAUCGGAUGCUGCUCUCCGCAACCUCUGCAGUGGCCAGGGCCGGGAUAUCUGGGAAUACGUCGCGAGGCAUGUCUUCCCGAAAGAGAAGGUGAAGAACAUAAAGGGGAACCUGGACUGGAACCAUUACAUGGAACAUGCUGCGAAUGCGUCUCCUGAGGAGCUGGAGAAGAAGAGAUUGAUGGACCUUGUCAUCUCGCUGAGGGCGGACAUCCAGGAACUUGAUGGCAUCUCUGACCCAGCGCAGCAAAUGGCGGACGAGCGAGCAGUGGUGGAGGUGCGGCGGAGACUACAGGACCUCAGGCAGCAGCACGUGCUGUUGAAGGCGUACAGCCUGCGAGCGGCCAGCCAGAGGCAGAGUCUGCAGGAGCACGGCAGGAAGGUGGGCGAGAGACUGCGGGGGCUCUCUGAGGUCCGCAGCGCGGCCCAGCAGAGCGUCGGUCUCCUGCGGACCAAGGAAGGCCUGAAACACAGUGUGUGGCAUCGCACGGGACCAGAGCCGCGGGUACUGCAAGACCUGCGGGCAGCGUGCCACAGCCGGUUCCAGUACCUCAAGUCGCUGUACGAUGAGAAGAGCAGAUCGCCAGACAGUUGCAGAGACGGAGAUUCGAACAAUCGGAGUUCCAUCUAUCAGCAAUGGUUAAGUCAAGUAGAGAGAGCGAUAGCCGCUCAUCCACCGAAGCAUAUCCUGGCAGCGUUGGAAAGUCUUGCUGCAGAGAACGAAGAGGAACUUCUUGAGCUCUGGUCCAAGGUUAAUGUGGCAAGGGACCUGGAAGAACUGAGGUUUUCCUACUCAAGUUCUCAUCUGCAGGACGUUUCAGAAGCCCCUCCGGUGCUGCGAUCUGUCAAGUCCUUGCUCCAGGAGGGCUGGCGAGAUUGUGAGCUUCGAGCCGUGGAGAAGGUCAGGGCGGCAAGGAGGCAGAUGCAGCUCAAGUGUCGUCUCCUAACGCUGGACCAGGAGUUCAAGCUGCUGUUGGAGCAGAGAUUAGGACACAGCCCGGAGCUGCUGAAUGCCAACAGGGAGCUCUUUGAUUUGCAACUGGACCUGGUGGAGAGGCAGAGAUACUGUCAGGAGCUGGUGGAGCAGGGGCACUUGAUCAACAAUGCCAUUGUUGCCCGAAACAGGGAGAUCCAGUCUCUACAGCAGAAGCACAACCGUAUCCUCGAGUUCCAGGGGCUGGUGGAUGUUAAACAGGACCUCGUACGGGCUUUGGUGAAAGGCAACUCGUCCGCCAAGAGUCACUUGAUGUCAACGCGGGCAGAGAUCAUCUUGUUCAGGGACCAGGACCUACAGCAGCACAAGAAUAUAGUCCGUGGACUGACCGAGCAUCUACAUGACUCCAUCAGCCGCGAGCUGAAACUCUUCUCAUCUGUCUCCCUGCCCUGCCUGGACCGCAGGCUCCUUGCUGGGACUCAGAGGGUUCCCGCGCACACCCUGUCAAUCCACAGAAUGGAGAGCUCAAUGAACAACCCACAGUUUUACCGGCGCCUCAUGGACCUGCUUUCAUUCCCCCUCUACAAGGCUCCUGAACAUCUGAUCGAUGAGGCAGCUGAGAGGAAGAUGGAGAGGGAAGCCCUGCAGAUGCUGCUGGGCCAGCAGAGAGAGGCGCUGGAGGCUGUACAACAGCAGCGGGCAAACCUGUCAGUCACUGACACCCAGGCCCUGGUGGAACGUGUGCAGGAACUGGACGAGCGCUGUGUGAGGGAGACCAUCCCAGCCAUCCACAGAAUACUCGAACAGUGCCAGCAGGCUCUCAACUUCACCCACACCCUGAACCAGGAUAUCAAUGACUGGUGGGAGCAGCCUGCCCAGUUCCUAGUGCCCUGGGUGAAGAAGGAGGGGAGGAACGUGCAGGACUGGCUGCAGCGGUGGAGUCAGCUGGUGCAGAGGAGCCAAGACUACUGCCGGGAGCUGGAGAGGCAGAGACCCCCAGCUGCCCGGGACCCCUGCUAAGGCGGGCUGUAAACCUCCACCCCUGCCCAUCGUCCACCAUACCCCACUGCCCACACACACAACUCUUCCCUGCCACAUUCCACGCAUUCUCCUUCACUCCCCAGCAGGCUUGGGCAGUGUGAGCUGCCUCCCAAUGGGGACGACUGUGUCCAGUGGUCCCGGCAAUAAAAGGUUGAAGGCAUCAGGAAGUCUGAGUGGAUCUGUGCGAGUGGUGGUGAGGAGAGGGCUAUCUGCUGCGCUGCAGGAUGUGUGAUGAGGGGCGAGCGAAGCUGUUUGAAGCCAUCGAGUAGUUGAGAGAUCCAUUGUAUGUGGUCUGUCACUCCCGCUGAAUGAGGACCCCACACUUGUCCUUUUCCACUCACCCACUGUGGUGGAGAGAUGAGAGAGCACAGGCGCUGGAGACAAUAAGGUGCAAGGUCAUUGGUACUUUGUGAGGUCAGGAGUUCAUCUUAUUGUAGGUCAGUGUGGAAAUAGGGUAGGGGAGUUGAAAUGGUCUGUAACUGAGAGCUGGGAAUGGCUGUGGUGGACAGGAUCUAGGAACUGCAUGGGACGGUUGUCCAGUCUCACUAGCAUCAAGGAGGCCUCAUCCAGAGCAUACAAUACAGCGGGCGAGGUUGGUGGAGGUGCGCGUGAAUCGCUGCCUCAUCUGAGAGUGCCGUUUAACACCCUGGACGGUGGGGAAAGAGGAGAUGUCAAUUCAGCUGUGAGGGCUGAGGGAAAGUUUUAAUUAUUUACAGAUACAAUGUGGAACAGGCCCUUCGAGCACCUAGCAUAAUCACAGGACAAUGUACAAUGACCAGUUAACCUAUUAACCGGUAAGUUUUUGGACUUUGGGAGGAAACCCAUGUGGCUCACAGGAAGAAUCUGCAAGCUUGGAAUUCCAGAGGUUGCUGGAAUUCCAACACUCCGAGUUGUAUGUGCCAAGAGUUAGGAAGUGGUCCCUGUGAAAGGCGGUAGGGGAGGCUAGUGGGGUGAAAGUUGAGAGCUAGGGGAUCCCUGUCUCUAUUCAGUUUGGAGGGAGAUUAGGUGAGAGUAGUAUCAGGGUAAUGGCAAGAGCAUGGUCCCUGCACCCUGGCUCCAGGAAAGCAACACUUCCUGAAUAGGGAAAUCAUUUCAGGUAUCCUGGAGUGGAAAGGCUCGCAGAACAGUACAGCACAGGAACAGGCCCCUGCAUCCAUGAUGCCUGUGCCAAACACUAUGCCAAAAUAAACUAAAUCCGUUCCGCCUGAGGGAUUCAUAUCCCUCCAUUCCUACAUAUUCAUGUGUCUCCACCACCACGCUGGCAGCACAUUCCAGAAUCUUGCACCACACAUCUCUUAAACUUUCCUCCUCUCACCAUAAGGAUGUACCUCUAGUAUUUGACAUUUCAAGAAUCAAGAUUCUUUAAUAUCAUUGCCUGUACACAAGUGUAAGAGUGACAUAAUUGUUACUCCAAAUCUGAAGCAGUGCAAAAUCACAAAGAGCUCAGUAAUAAUAAUAAAUAUAAAUACGUAUGAAGCUUGUAUACAGUACUGAGAUUGAUGCUAGGCUGUACUGAUGGGAAAUAAUAAAGUAGUGGUGGGAUUAGUGGGUGAAGGUGUUGAUCAGUCUUACUGCUUGGAGAAAGUAACAUUUUGAGUCUGGUGGUCCUGGUUUGGGUGCUACGUAGCCUCCUCCCUGCUAGGAGUAGGACAAACAGACCAUGAGCAGGUGGGUUACUGGCCCUUUUCCAGCACCUUUCUGCAUACGUGUCUGUGAUAGUGAGUAGUUUGGUGCUAGUGAUGUGUUGGCAGUUUUGACUACCCACUGUAGAACUUUCCUGUCCACCACAGUACAGUUUCCGUACCGCACCUCUACGUUUUCUACUGCACAUCUGUUAAAUGAUGUGAAUAUAGAUGUGCAAAGUCCAGCUCUCUUCAGCCUCCUCAGAGAACAGAGGAGUUUUUUGACUGUGUAGGAUGUGAGAGAUUGUGUGUGAUGUACUCUCCCAGGAGUUUGAAACCAUUCAGUUUCCACUGCUGUCAAAUGACACUGGUGAAUCAUGGUGACGUGUUGCAGGCUGCUUACAGAUCUUCUAAAUAUACUUCUGAGUUACUCUCACUGCAUUCUGCAGUCUGUAAUUUCUCCUUAAGCAACAUACUUUUGAACUGUCUUAAUGAACCAGUGAUUUCACGAUCUUGUGAACAUCUCGGCAGACUUGACUGUCAAGCAUGCAGGUACAGCACUUUUAAUUGGAUGAAGGUCCAUUGCCAUGACUGACAGAGAGGGAGGAGGGAAGGACUCUACGCCAAGGUAAAAUGCAGAGGAAUGAAACACAGCAUCUUGUUAACAACUGAACAGUCACUGGAGAACAAGGCUGAGGGCCUAAGGGUAAGAUUGCUGUAUUGGAGGGAUUGCACCUGUUGUGUAUUAAAUAUGUCAGUAAUAUUUGAGUAAUCUUGUAACAAUAAUUCAAUCUUGUUUCAAUAAUUGAUUAGGUUAUACUAUAUGUAUUAAAAAGUGAAUACAUAUGUCAUCACACUACCACAUGAUAUGUAUGCAUCUCACUUAAAGUAAACCCGAAGUUAGAUUCAUAUUUGGGACUCUUGUAUCGUCCUUUGAAUUAGUUUAAUGUUUUGAAGUUACAAUACAUAAUAGCUGCAUUCUGUGUUUUACGGAGACAUGGCUUCUCAAUACACCGGAUGGACCGAACUGAUUUGGAGAAGGCAAAAGUUGGGGGUCUGGUUUCAUGAUGAGCUCUUUGUGGUGCUAUGAUGCAGGAGUCUUGUUCCCCCUGACCUGGGACAUCUGAUGAUUAAGUGCCGAUAUUUCUACUUGCUAAGAGAAUUCUUCCUUUGUGAUCCUGACUGCAGUUUACAUACCACCAAAUGCAGGUAUUUGAUGUACUGAGUGCCAUAAUUAGCAAACAAGAAACAGCCUACACUGACACCUUUCAAAUCAUCGUCGGGCUCUUCAAGCAGGCUUGUUUGAAGAAAACUGCCCAAUUAUCAACAUAUCAACUACAGCACCAGUGGUCCCAAAGUGCUUGACAACUGCUAUACUGUGAUAAGGAAUGCCUGCUGUUCUAUUCCUAGACUGCAUUUCAGAAAAUCUGAUCAUUUGGCUGUACUUCUACCUGCAUACAGACAAGCUAAAGAGCAAGGCUCCAGAGAUGAGGACAACAAAGAGGUGGCCAUGGGAGGCUGAGGAGUGGCUGUGAGAUUGCUUUCAGUCAGUAGAUUGUGUUGUUCAACGACUCAUCAUGGUUGUCACGGACUUUAUAAAAACAGUUGUAGGCGAGUGUGUCCCCAUAAAAACAUUCUGCCUUCCCCAACCAGAAACCCUAGAUGAACCAUGAGAUGCGCAAUCUGCUGAGGGUCAGAUCAGUGGCAUUCAAGACUGGCGACCAUAUUAAAUGCAAGAGGUCCAGGUGUGAUUUUCAGAAAGCUGCCUCACAUGUAAAAUGGCAAUUCCAGACAAACUUGACUCACUCAUAGCUCAACAGCUGUGGCAGAGCCUAAAUGCCAUCAUCUCCUACAAAGUGAAACCAGAUGACAUAGGUGACAACAAGACUUCAUUCACAGAUGUUCUCAAAAUCUUUCAUGCUGACUUUGACCAUCAAAGUGUGGAGGCACCUUCAUGAACUCCUUGUGAUUUUGAUCUCUGAGACCAACGUGAGAGCAUACUUCAGGGGAAUGAACCCACGGAAAUCAUCUGGCCCAGUCAAGAUACCUGGAAAAGUACUAAAGACCUGUGCUGAUCAACUGGCAGGAAUGUUCACCAAGAUCUUUAACCUCUUGCUUUUGCAGUCUGAGAUGCCCGUUUGCUUCAACAGGCUUCAAUUAUUCCAGUGUCUGUGAAGAACCUGCACCAGUGACUGUCAUCCAGUAGCACUUACAUCCACUGCAAUACUUUGAGAGGUUAGUGAUGAAACAUGUCAACAACUGCCUGAGAAGCCACUUGGAUCCACUUCAAUUUGUCUACUGGCACAACAGGUUCACUGCAAAUGCCAUUUCACUGGUUCUUCACUCAACCCUGAAACGUCUGGACAGCAAUGAUAAGUACACCAAGAAGUUCUUUGUUGACGUCCCCUCAAAACUAAUCAAUAAGCUUCAAGUCGUAAUCCUUAAUAUCUCCUUGUGCAACUGGAUCCUCAAUUUCCUCACUUGCAGACCCCAGUCUGUUUGGAUUGGCCACAACAUCUCCUCCACAAUCUGUAUCAGCACAGGUGCACCACAAAGCUGUUUGCUUAUUCUCUCUGCUCUACUUGGUUUACGCUUAUGACUGUGUGGCUAAGCACAGCUCCAAUGCCAUACACAAGUUGGCUGAAAACAUCACUGUCAUCAGCUGAAUCAAAGGUGGUGAUGAAUCAGCAUCUAAGAGGGAGAUUGAAAAUCUGGCUGAGUGGUGCCACAACAACAACCUCUCACUCAGUGUUAACAAGACCAAGGAGAUGAUUAUUGACUACAGGAGAAGGAAACAGAAGGUCUCAUUGGGGGAUCAGAGGUGGAGGGAGUCACCAACUUUAAAUUUCUCGGUGUUAUCAUUUUAGAGGAUCUCCUGGGUCCAGCAGGUUGAUGCAAUUACAAAGAAAGUACAGCAGCACCUCUAGUUUUUCAGAAGUUUGCGAAAAUUUGGCAUGUCAUCUAAAACUUUGACAAACUUCUAUAGAUGCAUAGUGGAGAGUAUAUUGUCCGGUUGCAUCAUGGCCUGGUAUGGAUACACCAAUAUCCUUGUAUAAAAAAGCGUAGAAAAUGCAAUGGAACCGUCCAAUCCACCACAGGUAAACACGUCUAUGCAGACUACCAUUGAGCAUAUCUAUUCAGAGUGCUGUCAUAGGAAAGGAGCACCCAUCAUCAAGGACCAAGACCAUCCAGGCCAUGCUUUCUUCUCGCUGCUGCCAGGAGGCAGGAGGUAGGAGGUACAGGAGCCUCGGGACUCAAAACCACUAGGUUCAGUUAUUACUCCUCAAACAUUAGGCUCUUGAGUCAUCUGGGACAACUUCCCACAACCUAUGGGCUCACUUUCAAGGAAAGUGAAAUGUUCUUGAUAUUUACAGUUUAUUUAAUUAUUUCUUUAUUUAUUUAUUAUUAUUAUUUGGUCAUAUAUAGGAGCAGAAUUAGGCCAUUUGGCCCAUCGAUUCUGCUCAGCCAUUUCAUCAUGGCUGAUCUAUUUCCUUUUCAGCCACAAUCUCUUGCCUUCUCCCCAUAUCCCUUCAUGCCCUGACUAAACAAGAACUGCUUCUUCCUUAAAUAUACCCAGUAACUUGGCCUCCACAGCCACCUCAGUAGUGAAUUUCACAGGUUCACCAUUCUCUAGCUAAAGAAAUUCCUCCUCAUAUCUGUCCUAAAUGACGUUCCUCUAUUCUGAGGCUGUGUCCUUUGGUCUUAGACUCUCCCACCAUAGGAUACAUCCACUCUAUCAAGGCCUUUCAACAUUUCCCACCCCCACCCCACUUUUGGAUUUCAGUGAAUACAGGCCCCGAGCUAUCAAAGACUCCUCAUGUGACAAGCCUUUCAAUCCCAGGAUAAUUUUCAUGAACCUCCUUUACACCCUCUCCAAUGUCAGCAUAUCCUUUCAUCGAUGAGAUCAUAGUACAUAGAAGCAGAAUUAGGCUAUCUGGCCCAUCGAGUCUGCCCCGCCAUUCAAUCAUGGCUGAUCCUAUUUUUUGGUAUCUUCUCAACUCCAGUUCCUGGCCUUCCCCCUCAUAGCCUUUGAUGCCAUGUCCAAUCAAGAACCGAUCAAUCUCUGCCUUAAAUACACCCAACGAUCUGGCCUCCACAGUAGCAUGUGGCAACAAAUGCACCAUUCUUUGGCUAAAAAAAUUUAUCCGCAUCUCUGUUUUGAAAGGGUGCCCCUCUAUCCUGAGGCUGUGCCCUCUUGUCCUGGACUCUCCCGCCAUGGGAAACAUCCUUUCCUCAUCUACUCUGUCUCGGCCUUUCAACAUUUGCAAGUUUCAAUGAGAUUCCCUCCUCAUCUUUCUGAAUUUCAGCGAGUACAGACCCAGAGCCAUCAAACGUUCCUCAUAUGAUAACCCUUUCAUUCCUGGAAUAAUCCUUGUGAACCUCCUCUGGAUCUUCUCCAAUGCCAGCAUAUCUUUUCUAAGAUGAGGGACCCAAAACUGUUCACAAUAUUCAAGGUGAGGCCUCACCAGUGCCUUAUAAAGCCUCAGCAUCACAUCCUUGCUCUUGUAUUCUAGACCUCUUGAAAUGAAUGCUAACAUGGCAUUUGCCUUCCUCACCACUGACUCAACCUGCAAGUUAACCUUCAGGGUGUUCUGCACAAGGAUUCCCAAGUCCCUCUGCAUCUGAGAUUCCUAGAUUUUCUCCCCAUUUAGAAAAUUGUCCACACAUUUAUUUCUACUACCAAAGUCCAUAACCAUGUAUUUUACAACAUUGUAUUUCAUUUGCCACUUUCUUGCUCAUUCUCCUAAUCUGUCUAAGUUCUUCUACAGCUUACCAGCCACUUCAUCAAUCUUUGUAUCAUCUACAAACUUGGCAACAAAGCCAUCUAUUCCAUUAUCUAAAUCAUUUACAUACAGCAUAAAAAGAAGUGGUCCCAACACCGACCCCUGCGGAACACCACGAGUCACUGGCAACCAACCAGACAGGAUCCUUUUAUUCCCACUUGCUGCCUCCCACCAACCAGCCAAUGCUCUAACCAUGUUAGUAACUUCCCUGCAAUACCAUGGGCUCUUAACUUGGUAAGCAGCCUCAUGUGUGGCACCUUGUCAAAGGCCUUCUGAAAGUCAAAUAUACAGCGUACACUGCAACCCCUUCAUCUAUCCUACUUGUAAUCUCCUCAAAGAAUUCCGGUAGGUUCAUCAGGCAGGAUUUUCCCUGAAGGAAACCAUGCCGACUUUGUCCUAUCUUGUCCUGUGUUACCAAGUACUCCAUCAACUCAUCCUUAACAAUUGACUAACAUCUUCCCAACCACUGAGGUCAGGCUAACUGGUCUAUAAUUUCCUUUCUGCUGCCUUCCUCCUUUCUUAAAGAGUGGAGUAACAUUUGCAAUUUUCCAGUCCUCUGGCACCAUGCCAGAGUCUAAUGAUUUUUGAAAGAUAAUUUCUAAUGCCACUACAAUCUCUAACGCUACCUCUUUCAGAACCCUAGGGUGUGUUUCCUUUGGUCCAGGUGACCUAUGUACCUUUAGGUCUUUCAGCUUUUUGAGCACCUUCUCCCUUGUAACAGUAACUGCACUCACUUCUCUUCCUUCACACACUACAAAAUCAGGCAUACUGCUAUUGGCUUCCACAGCGAAGACUGAUGCAAAAUACUCAUUUAGUUCAUCAGCCAUCUCCUUGUACCCCAUUAUUACUUCUCCUGCCUCGUUUUCUACUGGUCCUAUAUCCACUCUCGUUUCUCUUUUAUUCUUAUACCAACAGGGCCACCACAGCCCCCUCUGCCUACCUGCCUAUCCUUUUGAUACAAUGUGCAUCCGGGAACAUUAAGCUUCCACUACAACCUCCUUUCAGCCACAGUUCACUGCUCACAACAUCAUACAUGCCAAUCUGCAACUUCAUCUACCGUAUUAUUAUUUGUUUUAAUUUUUUUUCUCUUUCUUUCUGUACUUGCACAGUUUGUUGUUUUUUUUUGCAUAUUGGUUGAUUGCUUCCCCUGUUGGAUAUGGUCUUUCAUUGAUUCUAUUAUGGUUCUUUUAUUUCCUGUGAAGAUGAAUAUAUAUGUACUUUGAUAAUAAAUUUACUUUGAAUUUUGAGCUGCUGAUGUAAAAAGGGGUGUGGGUGGUGUGAGUUCUCCUGAAGUCAAUAGCCAUCUCCGUUGUCUUUUUGACAUUAAGGAAGAGGUUAUUUACUUGGCACCAGGACUUGAGUUCUUCCCCUCCUCUCAGUAGGCCCUAUCGUUAUUGGUGAUGAGACUCACCACUAUCGUGUCAUGAUGUGAUUGCUCAGCUGUUUGGCUGUGUAGUCAUGUGUAAGCAGAUCAUACAGCAGCCCUAAACUUAGGAAAGCUCCAUUUGAUAAGAUUAGGGUAGAUUGGGAACAGGAAUUGGGGCUUACCAUUUCUGUGGAUGAUUGGGGGCAGAUUUUACAAUUAGUUAAUACUUCCUCUAUUUGUGCUAAACAUUCCCUAAUUCAAUUUAAAGUGGUUCAUAGAGCACAUAUGUCCAAAGAUAAGUUAGCGCGUUUUUACUCGCAUAUUAAUCCUUUCUGUGAUAGAUGUUCGGGGCAGAUAGCCUCUUUAACUCAUAUGUUUUGGUCUUGCCCUACUUUGGAAACUUUUUGGAGAGAUAUUUUCAAUAUUAUUUCUAAGGUAUUAAAUAUAGAUAUCUCUCCUCACCCUAUUACUGCUAUCUUUGGACUACCUAAAAUUUCUAGUAAUCUUUCCCCUUCAGCCCGUAGAAUGAUUGCAUUUCUUACUUUAAUGGCGAAAAGAUGUAUUUUACAACAUUGGAAAGAACUUAAUGCUCCAACUACCUUUUUUUGGUUUUCUCAGACGAUUUUAUGUUUGAAUCUGGAGAAAAUUAGAAGUAACCUUUAUGAUUCUUCAUUUAAAUUUGAACAGAUUUGGGGACCUUUUAUUCGAUAUUUUCAUUUAAUGUAAUAUUUACCCUUCUUGUUUUUUCUUCACUGUUUUAAUGGAGGUCGGGAUUGAGGACGUGAUUUUAAGUUUAACUCUGUUUGGUUUCAAGUUAGCCCAUUGCUUUGCUUUGCUUUUAGUUAGUUGCACGGUGGGUUUUUUUUUUGGGGUUUUUUUUCUUUUUUUUCCAUUGAUAUAUAUAAAAUCUAGUAUACUAUUAUGUUAUCUUGGUUUCUUAUGCUUAAAUUACAUUGUUUGUAGUAUUUUCUUUUUGGUGUUGUUAUCUUUUGGAAUUUUAUUAUACUUUAACAUUGUAUUAAUGUUUA